AUGCCGGAAUACUGUGUAACAGGCGGAACAGGAUUCAUUGCUGCUUAUUUGGUCAAGUCCUUGCUGGAAAAAGGUUACUUGGUGCGCACCACAGUGCGAGAUCCAGGGAAUGUGGGAAAGGUUGGUUUUCUUAAGGAGUUGCCUGGAGCCAAGGAGAGGCUGAAGAUUAUGAAAGCUGAUUUGAUGGCGGAAGGAAGCUUUGAUGAGGCAGUCCAAGGCGUUGAUGGUGUUUUCCACACUGCAUCACCGGUUCUGGUCCCCUAUGAUGACAACAUUCAGGCAACUUUGAUUGAUCCAUGCAUAAAGGGGACACUGAACGUGCUGACAUCCUGCUCAAAAGCCAGCAGUGUGAAAAGGGUUGUGCUCACCUCCUCCUGCUCUUCAAUAAGAUACCGCUUUGAUGUCCAGAAGCAGCAAAUUUCUUCCCUUAAUGAGUCACAUUGGAGUGAUCCAGAGUAUUGCAAACGCUACAAUCUCUUUUACGCUUAUGCAAAGACUACAGGGGAAAAAGAAGCAUGGAGAGUAGCCAAAGAAUGUGGAAUUGAUCUGGUGGUGGUGAACCCAUCUUUCGUGGUUGGUCCUUUGCUUGCACCACAGCCUACCAGUACUCUGCUGUUGAUACUCUCCAUAGUUAAAGGUUUAAAAGGUGAAUACCCAAACACCACAGUGGGGUUUGUGCACAUAGAUGAUGUGAUUGCUGCUCACAUCUUAGCUAUGGAGGAAAGGAAAGCAUCAGGCAGGCUGGUAUGCUCAAGCUCAGUAGGUCAUUGGACGCAGAUCAUUGAGAUGCUGAGGGCCAAAUAUCCUUCCUAUCCUUUCGAAAGCAAGUGUAGCAACCAUGAAGGAGACAACAAUGAACACAGCAUGGAUACGACAAAGAUACAACAGUUGGGCUUCCCACCUUUCAAAUCACUUGCUGAAAUGUUUGAUGACUGUAUCAAGAGUUUCCAGGACAAAGGAUUUCUUUGAAGUCUGCAUUCUCUUGUGCAAACUGUGGUUCAUAUCCCUGCAUCUGGUCACUCUUUCAUCAAAUAAAACGUGUGGAAAAUAAUGUACUUUGCCAAAUGCAAAAUAAAAAUUAUUUAUGCAGUCUGAUCCUUGUUCUGGCUCCUGAGCUGCGGAACUUAAA